AUGUCUAGAUUUGUUGCGCAUCCUCUACGCCCUCGGACUUCGUCUUCAAAGGUACCCAAGGAUUUUCAAACGCUAGAAAUCACGGCACGUCGUUCACGAUUCUCUGAGCAACUUGGACGGCUUGCUCAGGCAAUUGUUACCUUUCCAUCAGCCCUAGUGGAUCGUGCCAUAUAUCGUGAUUACCAUGGACUCGACUAUAUCUACGACGACGAUGAAUAUGAAGAUUUCAUUGCAGUACUGGAGAGGCUGAAAGUGAGUCGUAUCGGCCGACAUGUGCAAGCGAUCCGGGCAAAGACCCGGCCAAAACAAGAGAAGAUUCCGGUCGUCGAAGUUGCGGAGCCUUCGCCUGGCGUCUUUCAUGUUUCCUAUCAGGUGAAGUUUGCCGAUGGGGUCACCUGGCUUCUCCAGAUACCAGCCGAGGGAACUCCAGAUCAAUUUAACGAUGAGGAGGCCGAAGGCCUUCGCUCGGAAGCCGUGACCAUGAUAAUGCUCCGGCGGGAGACAACCAUCCCAAUCCCAAAAGUCUUUGCCUUCGACAAUACCUGUGCGAACGAGCUCAAAGUUCCUUACAUUCUUAUGGAGUUUAUCGAUGCCAACUCUCUGCUGGACGUUUGGCAUGACCGGGAACGAAAGCGGAAAGCUGAGGAGCGCCUGGUGGUUGAAACUGGCAAGGGGACGGGGUCAUACACGGACCCCAAGAAAGCUUACACUAAUUUCUUGGACAGGUGGGAAGAGCAGGAUUAUCCAACCGAUAGUGGCAUGAAAAAGCUCCUUCAGAUGUUCAUUAACUGGCUUCCUUCAAACCCCAGUGACGGAAGGCCAUUCGUGUUGGCCCAUACCAAUUCUGCAAUCACGAACUUCCUUGUCGCGGAGGAUGGUUCUUUACGCGCAAUCCUCGAUUGGCGUGGCGCACAAAUCUUUCCGCGGAAUAUAGGGAGCGAGUCCUAUACAGGCUGGCUAACGCACGACUGGGCACCCAUCUAUUACUGGAACGAAGAGAUGGAACAAGGAAUAAAGGACGAGAAUGUGGAAUGGGAAGAUUCACCAGUCACACUGGACUUUUAUCGAAGGUUCUAUGCGCGAUGCUUUGCAGACCUACUGCCGGGAAGCGAGGGCGCCACAAUUACUCGACAGUCUCUUGUUUAUGGCAAUCUAAUUCUUGCAGCGAACAACCCGAGAAUAGCGUCGGGCUAUAUUAAGCAGAUCCUAAGGAAUGCCGAGGAGCAUUUCCAAGAAAAAGAGCCUCAAAACACUCUGCCUGCUCCAUUGAAUCCAUCUGGGCAGAAACAAGAUGUCAAUGGCAGCAAAGAACACAUUAAUUCCGAAGGGGAGAAUGCGACAGGGACUGUCGAAUCACCCAAUGCCGAAAAUGACGAUAGUGAUGAUGGGAGUGAUGAUAAAAGCGAUGGUAGCGAACCAGACAUUCAAGCAGACGCACGCUUUGAUCAUGACACGAUUGCCACCGCUUUGGACAACAAUAAUCUAUCCAAGAAGCAUGAAGACCUUUUGAAGGCCGCCUUUCUCGAUCUGAUUGAUUCGCUUUGA